CCGGGGGCAGCGACUGGAUCACUAUUUGGCAGCGCAAAAGGGGAGGGGCUCGGCGGUGGAAUUCGGGUUGCCUGUAAACGGAGGCUGAGACGGUGGGAAACAGGAGGCGAGAUUAACUGGCGACCUGCAUCUUAUCAAUACUCCGGGCUGGAAUCCCACCUGGUCCACCGGUGGUGUGGGCACGGCAGUGAGGGGCCUCGACCUGCACGGUGGGGGCCGUGUUUUCUCCCCUCCCUCACCCCAGUUCAAGCAGCUUUGCUGCCCACCUAAAUCCAGAUGAAUGAAGACUCCCUUUGGGAAGACGGCUGGCCAGAGACCCAGAGCUGAUUCAGGUUUUUUUCUGCAUUUCCGUGAUCUUUCGAUGAUGAUGAUGAUGGCUGAUGAAGAUUCACGAGCUGGUCAUGCAGGUGUAUCUGCAAACAUGAUGAAAAAGAAAAAUUCCCACAAGAAACAGAGGAGCAAUGUUGGGCCCAGCAAGCUGGUGUCCCAGCCUAGGAGGAACAUUGUGGGUUGCCGCAUUCAACACAUCUGGAAAGAGGGCAGCAAUUCCCCGACACAGUGGAAAGGGACCGUCUUGGACCAGGUGCCUGUGAACCCCUCGCUCUACCUGAUCAAGUAUGACGGGUUCGACUGCGUCUAUGGGCUCGAACUUCAUAAGGAUGAACGCGUGCAAAAUCUUGAGGUCUUACCGGACCGAAUCGCCUCUUCCCGGAUCAGCGACGUGCACCUGGCCGACAGCAUGAUCGGCAAAGCCGUCGAGCACAUGUUUGAGACGGAGGAAGGCUCGAAGGACGAGUGGAGGGGCAUGGUGCUGGCGCGGGCACCCAUCAUGAACACAUGGUUUUAUAUUACUUACGAGAAGGACCCCGUUUUAUACAUGUACCAGCUCUUAGACGACUACAAGGAGGGCGACCUGCGGAUAAUGCCCGACUCAAAUGACUCCCCCCCAGCUGAGAGGGAACCUGGAGAAGUGGUUGAUAGUCUGGUUGGAAAGCAGGUGGAGUACGCCAAAGAAGAUGGUACCAAAAGGACUGGAAUGGUCAUCCAUCAGGUCGAGGCCAAACCAUCAGUGUAUUUCAUUAAGUUUGACGACGACUUCCACAUCUACGUUUACGAUUUGGUAAAAACGUCUUAAGGGUCAGAUCUGUCGGAAGCAAGGGGGAGCGGGUAGGGGG